AUGGAUAUUCGGGAGUCUGAUGAAACUCAGGAGCUUUACGUAAGAAUAGCUGCCUCCGAUGUAUCAAGUCCCACAACCACGGAAUAUGGCUCAAGAAAGAACAAACAAAUGAGCAUUGUAAUUAUGUUAUCUACACUUGGUUUGGUAGUUAUCUGUGUUAUUUUCGCAUUGUACGUUGCUUGGAGAAAGAGAAAAUUACCUUGCAAGACUAUACUAGUUUCAUUGCAAGACCAUGAAGAUAACUAUACGAAUGAGAGUCUAAAUUCGGAUAAAGAGAUGUUGCCUUUUAGCCUUUCCAUUAUUGCUAAAUCGACUAACAACUUCUCUCCCAACAAUAAGCUUGGUGAAGGUGGAUUCGGUCCUGUUUACAAGGGUGUACUCGAGGAUGGAUGGGAUGAAAAAAUGCUGAUAUAUGAAUACAUGGCGAACAAAAGCCUCGACUUGUUUAUAUUUGAUGAAUCUGGAAGUUUUAUGCUUGAUUGGCCUCUUUGUUUUGGUAUUAUUAAUGGGAUUGCUCGAGGACUUCUAUAUCUUCAUCAAGAUUCACGCCUCCGAAUCAUCCAUAGAGAUUUGAAAGCUGCCAAUAUUUUGUUGGACAAUGAUAUGAACCCCAAGAUAUCGGACUUUGGCCUUGCUAGAUGGCUUAGCGGAUACGAGACUGAAGCCAACACGAACAAAGUUGUUGGAACUCAUGGUUACAUCUCUCCAGAAUAUGCACUACAUGGGCUUUUUUCUGUAAAGUCAGACGUUUUUAGCUUUGGAGUUUUGGUGUUGGAAAUUGUGAGUGGCAAGAAAAACCGAGGAUUCUCGAAACAAGAACACCAUGAUACCCUUACUGGACAUGCAUGGCGGCUCCACAAUGAAGGAAAGUCUCUUGAGCUUGUUGGUUCACAUUUGCGAUACUCAUUUGUUGACUUUCAAGUAGUACGGAUAGUGCACAUAGCUUUGUUAUGUGUGCAACAUCAUGCAGAUGAUAGGCCUACUAUGUCAUCAGUAGUUCUCAUGCUCGGUAACGAGAAUUCUUUGCCUCCACCUAAACAACCAGCAUUUUUCACCAAAGAUAAAUUGCUCGAAUUCACCCCUAGUUCAUCGGUGCCAGCAUUGGAUUCAGUUGGUGAAUUGACAAUAACACAUCUAAAUGCUCGAUAGCAAAUUAAGUUUUCUCUUUUAAUAUUAUGUAUUUAACUAUGUUCAUAUAAUGCAUCGUAUGUGAAGAGAAUAUAUUUGUGAAAUAAGAAUUUAUACUAUUAUAUGUAAGAUAUUAUGUUAAAACUCAUGUAAUAUAAGGUUAGGAAAUUAAAAUAACAUAAAUUUUAUUAUAAAC